ACCACCCUUCAAGCUAAAAUCGAUUUGCACAAUUGCUUCAUUAUUUUUUAAAUCUAUCGUAGUAUCGCGGUUCAUAUGGCUUCAAACCAAUUCGCUGUCCCAGAAUCCCCGACGGACGCGAUUUCCGCCGUCAAGUUUUCCCCAGCCCCAGAGUCGACACGAUUUGCUGUAUCGUCGUGGGACAACAAUGUAUAUCUGUAUGAUCUCCGGGAUCCUAAAACAGGGCAGCUUGGUGAAGGGACGCUUAUUGCGAAGUUUGAACAUCGAGCACCGGUUUUGGACGUUUGCUUUGGGGAGGAUGAAGAUGAGCUAUAUACAGGUGGUCUAGAUUGGGAUGUUAAGAGGAUCAACGUGUCUUCGUCUUCGCAAACGGUCCUCAGCUCACAUGAGGCAGGAGUGAAAUCCGUUGUCUACAGCAAAGAACAUAAGAUCUUAAUCUCUGCAUCAUGGGACUCAACUUUACACAUCCACCGAACUGGCACCGACGUCGCUAUCACUCCCGCCACCAUUCCACUUCCUUCAAAGCCGUUCUCUCUCUCCAUCACGCCCACAAGAUUGGUGGUCGCAAUGGCGUCUCGCACUCUCCAUAUCUAUGAUCUUCAUGCUCUAGCGACAUUCACUGAAGAAUCGGGAGCCGCCCCUUCACCAAACAAACUCGACAUCGAGCCCUGGCAACGCCGCGAGAGCAGUCUUAAAUUCAUGACACGAGCUGUAGCAUGCAUGCCUAAUGAUGCCGGAUAUGCAUCCUCCAGUAUUGAAGGACGCGUGGCGGUGGAAUGGUUCGAUCCAUCGCCAGAAUCACAAGAUCGGAAGUACGCGUUUAAAUGCCAUCGGCAGAAUGUGGAUGGUGUGGACGUGGUGUAUCCCGUGAAUGCAUUAGCGUUUCAUCCAAUUUUCGGCACUUUCGCGUCUGGAGGUGGUGAUGGAGUGGUUGCGUUGUGGGAUGGAGUUGCGAAGAGAAGAAUCCGGCAAUAUCAGAAAUACCCGAGCAGUGUAGCCGCGCUGGCGUUCAGUUCAAAUGGAAAGUACUUGGCAAUUGGGGUUAGCCCGGGAUUUGAAGAUGGCAUGGACGAUAUUCCGGAGGGCACAGUUAAAGUAUUCAUCAGGGAGCUCGGUGAGACCGAGGCCAAAGGAAAGGGGGCGAAAUAAGAGUUGAACUGUUGAGCUUCAAGAGCCCCAGUGUCUAUUAAGAUUAUGAUUUCUAACUAAUGAUACUUGGAAGAUAAUACUUCUACGAUGAAAUUGUGGAAUAUGCGAUGUGAAACCCCAGCUUGACUACUAUGUCCUGCGAUGAAAAACAUAUUCAAAAGUAUAGUUUGCUUUCACAUCUUACAUAGGCUUGAUUCACUGCCGAAAACGCUGCUCUUUGUGU